UGCGGGCGGCGCUCCCGGCCGGCUCCCGGGGCGCGGGCAGCGCUCGGUGAGGGGGCUCGGGGCGGGCUCCGGCGGGGCUCGGCGGCUGCGUUACCCGGAGGGGCUGCGUCGCUGUCCCCUUGGCGGGGCUCUGUGUCUGGGCGGUAAAUCCGGCAUAAGCCGAGGUAAAGGCGGCGGGAAGGCGAGGCAGCCCCGUGGGUGUCCGGCCGGGAGCCACGGGCUCUGUCCUUCUCUGACAGGCGCUGCAGCCACACAGUUGGCAGGAUCUAGCUGAGAACAGAGGCUGUUGUGUUUAGCUGUGGUCAUACGGGAGUUUGUGCUUCGAAGAACUUAAAUGACAGCUGCUUAGCACAAGCUGAUUUGCCCUAUAUGACUGUUAUGUACUUCAGAAUAACUGUGGCUGACACAGACUGAACACAUGCAUCCAUUUCCAAAAUCUGCCUGAGAAAAUAGAUUAUAUCUGCUGUUUGCCUUUGAUUAAUGAGAUUUCCUUAUGUGGUCAUGUAGAUGUGUUUAUUUCAGCCUUAAAAUUGCUGAUGCAAAUCCUUGCUAUGGCAUCUGUGGCUUCACCAGUAAUAUUUAAGGAAUUUUGUCCCUUGUAUUAUCUCCUCAAUGCCAUUCCUACAAAGAUCCAGAAAGGCUUUCGCUCCAUUGUGGUUUACCUCACAGCACUUGAUACCAAUGGAGACUACAUUGCUGUGGGGAGCAGCAUUGGAAUGCUUUAUCUCUACUGCAGGCAUGUAAACCAGAUGAAAAAAUAUAAUUUUGAGGGGAGGUGUGAAUCUAUAACUUUUGUAAAGCUGUUGAGUUGUUUUGAUGAUCUGGUUGCUGUUGGUACAGCCUCAGGUCGGGUUGCAGUUUUCCAGCUUGUGUCUUCGUUACCUGGAAGGAACAAACAGCUUCGCAGAUUUGAUGUUGCUGGCAUCCACAAAAGUAGCAUUACAGCUUUAGCUUGGAGUCCCAAUGGAAUGAAAUUAUUCUCUGGAGAUGACAAAGGAAAAAUUGUCUACUCUGCACUAGACCUAGACCAGGGUAUUUGCAACUCCAGCCUUGUACUGGAAGAGCCAUCUUCGAUUGUGCAGUUGGAUUACAACCAGAAGGUGCUGCUUGUCUCUACUUUACAGCGGACUCUGCUUUUUUACACAGAAGAGAAAUCCGUCAACCAAGUUGGAACACAGCCCAGAAAAAACACUGGCAAAUUUGGAGCAUGUUUUAUCCCUGGCCUGUGUAAACAGAGUGACUUGACACUAUUUGCUGCCAGACCUGGGCUUCGUCUGUGGAAGUCAGAUGUUCAUGGGACUGUUCAGGCCACAUUCAUAUUGAAAGAUGUAUUUGCUGGAGGAAUAAAAACUUUUGAACUGUAUCCUCGUUUAGAACCACCUGACAGAGGAAGUUACAGCUCUCCAGAGAAACACCUUGGGCUUGUGUCAUGCUUUUUCCAAGAAGGAUGGGUGCUGACCUGGAACGAAUACAGCAUCUAUUUACUAGACACUGUGAACCAGGCUUUGAUUGGUGGUUUGGAAGGAUACGGUGAUAUUGUGUCUGUGUCCUGUACCAACAACGAGAUUUUUCUCUUAAAGGGAGAUAGAGACAUAAUAAGAAUUUCAAAUAGACCUGAAGGACUGUCAUCAAUAGAUGUGAAUUCAAAAUUGUCAAAUCCUUUAACAGAUACAAGUCCUAAAUUGCUGACCCCGUCAUCAGUAGUUUCAUCUGUAUCAUCCAGCCCUUCAGUGGAAACAGAAAAAAAACCAGUUACUUCCCCUUCAGUCACUGGUGAUAAAAAUGGCACUUCUUUGGUGAAAGAUGAUCUGGAAACUCCAACACUAUCAGAGAAAAGUUUUGAUAGAGUGGGAGACUUGAGCAAUGAAGCCAGGAGAAGGGGCUGCUCUGUAGUAAGUGAAUCACGAAGCAGGAGCAGCUCUGUGAACUCCGUGGACAGUGGCUCGAGCUUUAUGAUGUGUGCAGACCAACUUCCAGAAGCUCAGAGAGAAGGUCAGCUUUCUUCACAACGGUUCAGCACCAUCAGCUCUGAAGAUUUUGAUCAAGAACUUAUUGUAAAGCCAAUUAAAGUGAAAAAGAAAAAAAAGAAGAAACAGGAAAGUGGGGCAAGGAGAAACCACAGCUCUCUGGAAGGCACACCAAUUUACGAGCGUCAGCUUUCUGGUGACAGUCCACAUUCCUUGAAUGCAGACUCCUUUUCCAUGACUUCCAGCAUAAUGAGUGGCAGCAUUGAUCAUUUGAGUACUGGAUCUCCGGAUCAGGAAAGUAUGUUCAGCAUGGAAUCCCAUACAAUCUUGCAAGAAGAUAACGGUUCAGAAACUUUCAGUGUCCUGCAGUCUCCUGAGUCAGCAAAUGUACUAAUUAAUGAAGAAAAUGGAGAUGUGGCUGAUUUACAGAAACUUCCAAACAGUGAUAGUGGCAUGGGUACUUCAGCUAUUAUAGAUACUUUGACAUCUGCAUCUCCUCUCAUGCUCACAGAAGACUUGACAAGCAGUGUUGGUGGUGAAUGUAAUGGUGGUGUGGUUUCUACGAGCAAUGAAUGCUGUCCUGGAAAGCUGAGCCAGGAGGAGGAGGAGCAGCAGGAUUUUCCUGCAUUGUGUAAAAUAGAUGAAGACUUGGAUAAAAUGAAACUGCAGGAUACUGAAAAAUCUUCUGAAGAUCCAGACCUUACAGACCAGAUGUUUUUGGAAUGUGACAGUAUUCUUGGUGUCCAGACAUCUCUGACACCAAAGGAAAGUGAUGAAACUGGUGAGGAAGACCAACAGCAGCUGUCUCUAAUCCACAGUGCUCUGUCAGACCCUUCUGCACUCCAGUGUGAUGUCUCUGACAAUGUUCAUUCAGACAACUCUUCCAUUUCUGGGUGGAAUUUUGAAAGUGCAAUCAAAGCUAAAUGUAGUACUAGCACUGCUGAAAGGGUAGCAGACACUCAAGAAAGUAAGACUGAAAAAUCUGCCUCAAGUGAUGAAGAGGAUAUUUAUGGACAUGGAUUACCAUAUUCAUCCUCGGAGACCAGCAUGCCUGAAGUUGGUGCUGUGCCUGGAGCACAGGAUGUAGCCAAGAUAAGCCUAGAUGAAAUGGUGCUGUUAAAAUCUGAUCAGUUUGCAGAGAGCUGGAUGGGUUACUCUGGCCCUGGAUAUGGCAUCCUGAGCCUGGUUGUCUCAGAAAAAUACAUUUGGUGCCUGGACUACCGAGGCAGCCUGUACUGCAGUGCCCUUCCUGCGGCCGGCCUGCGCUGGCAGAAGUUUGAGGAUGGAGUCCAGCAAGUGGCAGUUUCCCCCUCAGGAGCUCUUCUCUGGAAGAUUGAGCAGAAGACUAACAAAGCUUUUGCUUGUGGAAAAGUAACUAUAAAAGGAAAACGGCACUGGUAUGAGGCCUUACCCCAGGCUGUAUUUGUAGCUCUAAGUGAUGACACUGCCUGGAUUAUCAGAACAAAUGGAGAUCUGUAUCUGCAAACAGGCCUGAGUGUGGACCGUCCUUGUGCCCGAGCAGUAAAGGUUGACUGCCCUUAUCCACUGUCACAGGUCACAUCCAGAAAUAAUGUGGUGUGGGCUCUGAGCGAGCAGCGGGCCCUGCUCUACCGCGAGGGAGUGCGCAGCUUCUGUCCCGAGGGAGAGCAGUGGAAGAGUGACAUUGUCAGUGAAAUGCAAGCUUUGGAACCAGUGUGCAUAACCCUUGGUGAUCAGCAGACGUUAUGGGCUUUGGAUAUCCAUGGCAAUCUCUGGUUCAGGACUGGUAUAGUUUCAAAGAAACCACAAGGAGAUGAUAACCAUUGGUGGCAAGUAAGCAUCACUGAUUAUGUAGUGUUUGACCAGUGCAGCUUGUUCCAGACCAUAAUCCAGGCAACUCACACGGUGGCAACAGCAGCUCAGGCACCUGUGGAGAAGGUGGCUGACAAGCUUCGAAUGGCAUUUUGGUCACAGCAGCUUCAGUGCCAGCCCAGCCUCCUCGGAGUCAAUGGCAGUGGAGUCUGGAUCUCCUCAGGCAAAAAUGAAUUCCAUGUAGCAAAGGGAAACUUAGUAGGCACGUAUUGGAAUAAUAUUGUGCCUCGUGGUACUGCUUCUGCCACAAAAUGGAUUUUUGUGUUGGCUUCCCCAGCUUCAUCUAAAGAAGGAAGCUUUUUGUGGCUGUGCCAAAGCAACAAGGAUCUGUUUUGUGUCAGUGAUCAGAAUCCUCAUUUUCGUCCUUCUACGGUGCAGCUGCCACCGGAGGCUGAAAUGGUGCACUACUCUGCCUGCCAGGAUGCCAUUUGGGGCUUGGAUAGUCUCGGGCAGAUAUUUAUCAGAACACUUUCCUCCAGCUGCCCAACAGGGAUGCAUUGGACAAAACUGGAUCUCUCCCAACUAGGUGGUGUAAAGCUGAUCAGCUUGACCUGUGGAAAUCAGCAUGUUUGGGCCUGUGACACCAAUGGUGGCAUUUAUUUCCGUGUAGGAACUCAACCUCUUAACCCAAGUUUGAUGCUUCCUGCGUGGAUAAUGAUUGAGCCACCUAUACAGCCAGUAGGAAUCAACUUGGUCAGCAUUCAUUCAAGUCCAAAUGAUCAGAUGUUGUGGGCAAUUGAUAGCAAAUGGAAUGUCCAUGUACGAGUUGGAAUUACAGAUGAAAUGCCUGUUGGCACUGACUGGGAACAUGUACCAGGUCUGCAGGCCUGCCAGCUGGCUCUGAGCGCCAGGACGGUGUGGGCACGCUGCCCCAACGGAGACGUCGCUCGCCGAUACGGCGUCACUGACAAGAAUCCUGCGGGAGACUACUGGAAAAAGAUUCCUGGGAAUGUCUCACGUUUAACAGUGACCCCUCUAGAUGAACUGUGGGCGAUCAGUACUUCAGGAUCUCUGCUCCAGCGCCUCACUAAGACCUUUAGCCAUUCCCAUAGUUUGCAGAAAAAUAAUGACACCUCUGUUCUGCUUCACCCUGAUGAUUUAGAAGAUGAAUGGGAAGUGAUAUGAAGUCUGUCAAGCUUGUGAA